GGCAACGUCGCAACGUUGGGGACUUUUGUUUUUCGGUCCGCUUGGAUUGUCUGAAAGUGAGUUCUGUCAUUCUCUGAUCGAAAAACCAAACAAGCCAAAAAAAUUUGGUUGGAUUUUAGUAAACUACAACAAAAUGGACCAGGUGAGGUGACGGUGAAGUCUGGUAUUGGUAGGGCACUGCGAAGGACCUACGCAUCACGCUAUAACAAUACCGUACUCCUACUUAACUACUAUUACUACUAAUAUCAGAAACACUGUAUUUGGUGGUUGGGAUUACCUUCUAAUAAUUUUCAAAUUUCAAAAGUACAAAUACGAUUAAAGCACAGUAAGGUGCCGGGUUUUGCAUGCAAACCAAAAUCAUAUAUAGUAACCGAAUCUAGUCACGCGUCUUAACACGAAUCAAAAAUGACAUAUACCAAAGAUAAACCUCGAAACUACGCAUGCGAGGUGUGCAACAAGGUAUUUCUCGGCAGUAACGAUCUCCGCAAACACAUUCGGGUGCACACAGGCGAAAGACCGUACAAAUGCACCGAGUGUCAGCAGGCCUUUCGCCAGGCGGGCUGUCUAAAAAAUCACAUGGCCGCCAAACACUCUACGGGCGUCGUUAAGACGGACGUAUUCAUCUGUAACUAUUGCCACAAGGUGUUCCCCAUCAAGGAACGUUUGCGGCUCCAUCUGCGGAUACACACCGGCGACAAGCCGUACGUGUGUUUGGUGUGCGACAUGAAGUUCGCCCGCGGCGGUCAGUUGAUCCAGCACAUGCGAAAACAUACUGGUUCGAAACCAUUCGUGUGCGGAAUGUGCAACGCCUCGUUCACCUGUUCGGCUAACCUGAAGCUGCACACGAAACGCCACCUGGAGAUCAGAGAUUACAUAUGUGAUAUAUGCGGCAAGAGCUUCUUUAGGCGCGACGCUCUGCGCAAGCAUCUCAACUGCAUCCACAACAACAUGAAGGCUUUCCACUGCGACAUCUGCAACAAAGAUCUGAAGGGACACUUGCCGCAACACAUGCGCACGCACAAAAAAGAGAAGCCACACGGAUGCGCCCAUUGCGGCGCCACCUUUGCGCAACGCUCCCAACUUACCGUCCACCAGAGGAUACACAGCGGCGAGAAACCCUAUCGCUGUCAGGUCUGUUGGAAAGCUUUCGCCCAUUCGACUGCCCUCAAGUUGCACACCCGCCGUCACACCGGCGAGAAACCCUUCACCUGUUUACUAUGCAAAAACUCAUUUUCGCAAUUGCCGCAUCUGAAGAAGCACAUGCUGUGCAUCCACAAGAGCAGCAAGCCGUACGUGUGCGAGGACUGCCGUUCCUUUCACAAGACCAAAAACGAUCUGGAGGCGCACUAUAAGAAGUGCAAGGCGGCCAAAAAGAAACCGAAAAACGAAACGAAAGUGGAUAUCACCACGCCGAUGUCCAUAGAGAAGAUGCGCUUCCUUCUCGCCAUACUGCUGAAGAAGAUAUCGGCACCGGAGAAGCUGGAGGAGCUCGGCUUCAACAAGCGGUUGAUCGACGACGUGCUGGUGGAGUCUAUCCAGAACUCGGGGCGGGAUCCCUGCACGGAAGACAUACCGGAGGCACAGAAGCUCAAAAAAAACAUACAAAUAUUGCUCGAGUGGACGGUGCCCGAGCACUAUUGGAUGAAAUUUAAGAACGAACAGCGGUCGAUCGAAGAGCUGCUCGAGGAACUCACUUCGUAAUGUCGCAUAUCCGAAAAUGCUUAGUUAGUAGCCGUAGUAACAAACACUGACACACUCUCGCAACACUGAUAUUAGUUCGAGUCCACGGAUUUGGUGUUUCUAUUGUUCAAAUGGAAAUAGUUAAGAUGGUAUGUGAUACAUUUAUGAUUGUAUUCAUUUGAAGAGAAACCAAUAAUUUAUUUAACAACAUUAGUACUACUACAUACUAAAAAAUCAGUAAUCUUGCCUACUGUAGUCACUAAAUUUUGGUGCCAUAACAUCAAAGACUGUUUAUUUUUAUGCCUGAUAAUUAUUAGUACAAAGAGGAAGUUGAGACUCUUAACUAUUUUCAUUUGAUUAAAUUUUCUUUGAACAUGAAUUUUUGUUGCAUUUACACUGCCAUUUAGAAAAUAUUCUUGCCUAGUGUGAUGGAAGGUACACUUCCUUUAUCUUCUUUUUGAAAUUUGCUAGAGAAAUAUUGUUUUCGUGUUAUACACGAAGUCUUUGUUAGGAAAUAUUUUUUAUUAACAGAAAGGGUGCCAUAUGCUCAUUGAAUUAAGUACACUGCUAAAACCAAAUAAAUUGUAUUUUUAUGUUUAAAAGUACUGAAAUAUUUAUAUAUUUUGAAUUAAGUUACUAUUUAUA